CGUCAUCAGUCAGCCAUCAUGGCGGCGGACUGACGAGGAAACACAACAGCAACGUUGGUUAAAUCUAAACCGCGUGCAUCGUCAUAUAUGUACUUUGGAUGUGCCAUUCCUUCAUUUUAUAGGGCAGGAAUUUUGAAAGACAUGAAUCCAAUUAGAAGACGAAGACUUCCUCAAUCUAUUAGAAAUCUUCUCACUGAUGUUGGUCCAAAGGAGGACUGGCAACCUGAGCCAGAACAUGAAGUCCGAGAGGGAAUCCUGGUACCAGCGAGAGGAGCCACCUCUGGACCUGAAGACUUCCUCACCCCAGCUAUGCGAUCGGAUGAGGAGAACACAGGGAGGAUGUGUAUGUUGUGUCGGCGCAAACCUUCCUGCUACACCUGUCCACGCUGCAACCUGCAUUACUGUGGCUUGACUUGCUACCAGAGCCCAGACCACUCUGCCUGCUCGGAGGAGUUCUACAAGGAGUCAGUUCUCCACGAGCUGAAGGAUAUGGGGAAAACAGAGGCUGAUGGAAGGAGAAAGAUGCAGGAGAUUCUUGUUGGACUCAGACAGAAGGCACACACGACAGAUGGUGGCAUGAAGAGUUUGCUGCAAGAAGUUGGAGUAUUGCAGGACAGUGACGCUGGUGAUGCAGAGGAGAGAGUCCAGGCUGUGGAGCUUUUGUCCAGAUUAGCAGAGAUUCAGGAAUCUGCAGCAGAAAGCGACUCUGAGAUUGAGGAAAUUUUGAGGAAGCUAGAAGCACUUGGGGGUGGAGACGAUGUGGAAGAUGAAUGCAUGGUUGAUCAGCUGUCACCUCUUGAUAUUGAUAAACUUUCAGAGGAGGAGCUGUGGGCGCUUCUCAACAACAAGGAGAAGGAGAAGUUCAUGGGCUUGCUUCGUGGUGGUGCCAUUGGUGGCCUGGUGCCAAUCUGGAAGCCCUGGUGGGAGGAGCAUGAGAAUUCAGGGCAGGCACUGGUUGAGGUUCUGCAGGGUGACUUGAGUAAUGCAACCUCUUUACCUAGUAAUAAAAGUGAGCACAGAAAUGUGAAGCCAAAGAAAGCUGAGAGGAGACAACAGAGUGGCAUUCAAGGUUCAAAAAAAGGUUCAAAUGUGCCUCCGAUUUCUUCGAAAAUACCCCAACUGAGCAACUUAUGUGCCAAUCCGUCACCACUGGUGUGUUACAGUUUAGUUAAUGCUCUCUUCUGCUACACCUUCACCCUUUUCCUGUUUAAUGGGGACACAGACUCACUGAAGUUUGAAUUCAUUGAUAUGAUUCUUUCUGUUUCUGACGCAUUUAACUCCAGCAGGGUCUUCUCUUCAGUACAAGAAGGCUUGGCAUGUGGGCAGGCUCAAAUAUCUGGUGCUGGAGUGCACCUGGAAAUGGAAAAUUCAGGUGCUGUGGUCAGAGCUGUGGAAGCUGUAGCUCACAUCCUGACUGGCAGAGAUAGAGCUGAUGUGGCAGGAUACUGUCUCGCUGCCUUGAGUCAGCUGCGCUCAGUCUUCCACCAGGCCAGAUCCGGUCUGUCCAAGGAGGGCGAUGAAGGCUUAAGGAGACAAAAAUACUUCCUGGGGGGUAAGAAGUGCGAGUUCUUUCAAGCCUGGGUGCUUGGCAACUCGAGCCAAAUUCGAUUACUGGCCAUCGAGUUGUGGAAUGAACAUGGUAGAAGGGUGCAUGAACUGAACCUGAUGAACCAGUCAAAGUCAGCUGUUGAGGAAAGCUUAAAGAAGGGGAAGAAAGAAGGAAAGAUUUUGAUUGAAGAAUUGAAGCCAUGAGUAUUUGCUCAUGACAAUUUAUACUUGUAAUGUAAUAAACAUUCAUUUGUAAGCAUACUGUCUACAAUUCCUUUUUGGCAUGUUUUUUUAACUUGUUAUAACAAUAAUAAAAUCAUUUUGUUUAGGACGAUACUUCAACG